AUGCCGGCCGCUCGUUCAGCGCAGCCGUCGUUCAGCGCGUAUCUCAGCAAGGAGGCGUACUCCCCGCCAUCUUGGAUCGAUGGCAAGGUAGAUUUGGUUCCGAGCGAGCGAGUGCGCCUUGGGAUGCUCCCAACACCAAUGCAUCAAGUCACUCUCCCGCCUGGCAGCCUGCCCGACGGGUGCGAGCUGUGGUGCAAGAGGGACGAUCUAUCUGGCAUGCAGAUGUCGGGCAACAAGGUCAGGAAGCUCGAAUUUCUCAUGGCCGAGGCGCUGGCACAAGGCGCCGACACGAUCAUCACGAUCGGGGGUAUCCAGUCCAACCACUGUCGCGCGACGGCCACCGCUGCGCGCCUGCUGGGCCUCGACUGCCACCUCAUUCUGCGCACGUCACGGACGGUCGUGGACGAGGACCCCGGGCUUGUAGGCAACCUGCUCGUGGAGCGCAUGAUUGGCGCGCACGUGCACACGUGCACGAAGGAGGAGUACACCAGCAACGGCAGCGAAGCCCUCACCGCAGCCCUUGCGGACCGCCUCCGCGCCGACGGCAAGCGGCCCUACGUCGUCCCCGUGGGGGGGUCCAACUCCCUGGGCACGUGGGGCUACAUCGAGGCAAUGGCCGAGCUCGAACCUGCCGCGCGCGCGGCAGGCAUCACCGACAUUGCGAUGGCGUGCGGCAGCGGCGCGACCACGGCGGGCAUCGCUCUUGGCUCGCGAUACUCGGGCCUUGGUGCUGUCGUGCACGGCUUCGGCGUGUGCGACUCGCCGAGGUACUUUUACGACUUCAUCGGGGGGCUGCUGGACGGGCUCGGGGGCGAGGUUGGGGCGCGGAAAUCCGAGGUGGAGUCCCUGUUUGUUGCGCACCAGGCCAAGGGGGGCGGGUACGCGAUGAGCACGACCGAGGAGCUUGAGACGACGGUGGCGUUCGCGGAGGCGACCGGGAUCGUGCUGGACCCCGUGUACAGCGGGAAGGCCAUGCACGGGCUGCUGAAGAUGGUGCGCGAGGACGCAGGCGCGUGGGAGGGGCGCAAGAUUCUGUUCUGGCACACAGGCGGUUUGCUAGGCAUGUACGAGAAGGCCGACCAACUCCAACCCCUCAUUGCGGGUUCCGGCCGCUGGGAGCGGAUGACGACGUAG